CCAUCUCCUUCGAAGAUGUUACUCGUUCACAAUGGUGACACGUCGAAACACUUCAGUACAGUCGAAGACGAUCAUCCAGAAGUUCCGGCUAGGACGCAAAGGAUUUUGGCGAAGUUGGAAAGUUCUGGGCUCACAUCGAAAUGUGAAGUACUUCUGAACGAACGUUUUGCUAGUGAAUCCGAGUUGGAGGCUGUUCAUGAGAGACCCUACAUACACAAAAUGAGGCGAACUGCAGAGAUGACAGACGAUGAGCUAAGAACCACCGAAGAUGGGCUGAAUUCCAUCUACCUCACUCGCGAUUCAUUUUCAAUCGCUUGCGGAAGUGCUGGCGCGGUACUUGAGGUGAUUUUGCUUUCUAUGUCUUCUAUUCUUCUCCGACUUCAUCGCUUACGGAUCAUCGAGUUUGGUCAGACUUAUUGGUCACAAACCUCCCUGAUUUCUAAAAUGGCUUCUACCUCUAUCAUCAAUGUUGGCUGCUCGUUCGCGCGUACGUUUUUGGCUGCUCUUUAG